AUGAUAGAGAACGCAAAGGACCAGGUGCAGGACUUAAUGAGUAGUCAGUCUCUAAAUGUGAUUAAAAUCCCAACUAAGGUGUUGCCUAUUUUACAAGUGGAAGGCAAGAUCCUUCACCAGCAGAAAGAUUAUGACUUGCCUGAUUGUGAUACUCACUUUAUUAUGACCCCCAUCACCAUAGAUGGGCACAGCUUUUGCAGGCCCUGUUUCUACCUCAGCUGGCCUAACAGGUCAGUCCUUGCUCACUGCUCUGAUUGCCAGAAAGCAAUCCAGCAGAGAGACUUUCACACAAAUGUCUCUCUUAAGCAAAUGGCUCUCACUGUCAGACAAGCCAGUCUGUGGCAUUUCCUGCGCUCUAAGGGCAAUAGGUGUAGGAUACACAUGGAGGCAAAGCAGAUCUUCUGUGAGGACCAGAGGAGCCUGCUCUGUGUGCACUGCUCUGCCUCCCAGGAGCAUCAGGCUCACAGACACUGUUCAGUAGAAGAGGCUGCUGAGCAACACAGGGAGAAACUCCUCAAGACCAUGUGCUCUUUAUGGGAGAAAUGCUGUGAAAAUGACAGAAACCUGAAUGUGGAAACUAUCACAAUCUGUUCUUGGGAGAUUUUUGGAGACAUAUUACACAGGAGUAAGGCAGUGUGUGUGCACAUGCCCCAGCCUGUGAAAGCAGAGCUCACUGCAGUGACCGUCCUUGGGUUGAUAGCAAGGUUCAACUUGUACAGUGAGAUUAUUCCUCUCUGUCUUGGAAGAACUCGCAGUCAUGUCUUCCUACAGUGA